GCCAAACCCCCGUCCGUCUCCCAUGCUCCUCCCGUGAGCCGUCAAAGGUCAGACCGUCUUCGAAUUCAUCACUGGGUCUCUGCCACUGGUGCUAAUUGGAUGCGACUCUUGGAGACUAGUACGUCCGACCCAGUGGAUGGCAACUACAUGCUCCGUAAUUGGGGUUACGUUCCCGGCGGAUUGCUCCACUGCUGGCCUAUCGAUACUGACGGAAAAUGACUCCGGGAGGAGACUGGAAUCCAACCAAGCGCCCCUCCCCCUUCACUCAACCACUAGUCCCAAGGCCAUGGCCGAAUCACCGAGCGCGAAACAAAAUAAAAAUCCCGAGUCCACGAAAAACCCGGUGACAGAACCCCUUCGAUCGAUCAUGAUCUAUCAUCCGUCCAUUGGCGUACGGUCAAUGACAGGGGAAAAUAAAAUAGAAAAGCCCAACGGUAUCAGCCCAGAGAAAUUUGGAAUCAUAAAACCCAAAUCUCCUGCUACGCAACAAUGAAACGCAACGCCUAGAUGGGCAAUUGGAUGCAGUCUUUUCACUCGUCAUGUCACCGUCUGAACCUAAUUUAUUGUGCUUCCCUUGGUGUGGUCAAGAAGAGAGUUCAAGCUUGCCUCAUACGCCCUUGUUUCCACGCGCUCUGUCGCUUGGGCGUGCCUGGAAACAACCGGCCGGGAGGACCAGCUGUUCUUGGGAAGACCCCCUAAGCGGACGCUACGCAAUGAUUUUAAAAUAUUUCAUUUUUUUUUCCC